AGAAAAUGCACGUGGCGGCAUCAGGACCAUACACACAAGCACACAAUGAUUUUUUAAUUUUUAAUUUUUUUUAUUUUUUGACCAAACAUUAGAUGGGUAUAUUAAACUACGUCGUUUAAUAUACGUUUCGUACAAAUCCAAACACUUUUAUUAUUCUUUAUCCAUUUUAUGUUCUUCAGAGAGUUUUCAAGUGCUAGGGCUUGGUUCCACAGAUAACCCCACGUUCGAUUCGUUCUUCAGAGAACCCAUCAUGGUUUCAAAUUUGCCAAAAGCCCCAACAAUCGAAGUGAGAAAGUGUAGAGAGAACUUGCCAUUUGAAUUGAGAGCUUGUCAUCUGAAUUGCCAAGGGAAAUCAGUAGCUUAAUCUCUUCGAUUACCAAAUCUUUUCUGGUCGUCGCGCUCUUGCCUAAAGCAAGCAAUCGAAGACAGUACACCAGUAGCCGUCGAAACUCAGAAAAGCAACAAUCAACCAUGGGAAAGGUUCAUGGAUUACUGGCUCGUGCCGGAAAGGUGAGAGGGCAAACGCUGAAAGUGGCCAAGUAGGACAAGAAGAAGAAGCCCCGUGGCAGGGCUCACAAACACAUGCAAUACAAUGGAUGAUUCGUCACCGCUGAUAAAUGGUUCUGGAUUUCAAACUCAUUAACAGACUCGGUGAAUGUAGAAAUUACUAAUAUUGGGAAAGAAAAUAUCUGGGCAAAAGGGUGAAAAACAAGCAGGUGAGAGAAAAUUUUGAAGCUUUUUUAUGCUUUUGUUUCUUUCUUGGGCUGAUCAGUUAUAGCAUAAUGAAGUGAAAUUUGGUAAUCCAUGUACCUGUUUAUGUUGUUUUCACCAUGCUAUUUACCUUAUAAGUUACUACACUUUAGUUGCAAGGAUCUUUAUUACUACACCAAUUUUAGAGCAUAACUCUUUUUAUUUAGAAGCUCAUAAAUUCACUUGACAUAUUUUUCUUCUUCUUAAAUUUCUCAUGACAGAUUUUUGAUCAUUUGUAAAAGAGUUUCAGGCUAGCUAAAGGCAAAUAAUAUUUCUAAAGAAAAAUAUUUUCUUCCAGGGAAUUAUAUGUUUUGGAGUUUAAAUUAAAGAAAACUAAGGCAUUACGAUUAGAAAUUGUGAUCUUCAAAAUUAAUUGUCACAUGGACUUUAAUUAUUCCUCAUAUUUUAAAUUGCAUGCAUGCAAUUAAUCUCAAAACUUUUUAACUAUAAUUAAAUGUCUGCAUAUUAAAAUUGAACAAGUUAUAUGUGCGCAACACAAGGCUAGCUGGUUGAUGAAAAAACAGCGUUACUCUCUCUUUUUACCCCUUAUAAAUUAGCUCCAAUAAAUGCUUCUUUAAAAUCUUGUUCUCCACUUGAUUUGAUAAACUAGUCCCUGAUACCCAAUCUAUGUGAUAUAUAUCGUCUCACAUGAAGGUAAAAAAUCUAUAACUCAUUUAAAACAAUGUUUGUGAUAUAUAUUUAUCUUGUAUCUCAAUUCUCAUUUCUAAGACUUAUAUGUCAAUUGCAUGAUGAAAUGAUGGAUAAGUCUUCCCAGAUUUUUCAAAAUUCUGAUGGUACCAGUCCAGUGAGAAAAAUGAUGUUGAGAUAGUGCAAAACCAACUAGGUAUCAGGAAAGGAUAUCCCCGCGGGUUCGAACAUGGAUUCGUGAUUCCAAGCCGUCAAUGUGCAUCCUCAUCUUACAAAGUGGGUAUCAGCAUCCAUCACCACCAGACUCUCACCUUUAACAACUGCCACCACAUAAUUUUGAGGCUUUCUUAUGACUAGCUGAUAUCUAGUCCAUUUGUCUUUGAACUACAGAUUAUGUUGGGCUGUAUUUGGAUGUCUUUACAUUUAGUUUAAAAUGAUGCUCUGAUUUUUGAACUUGUUGGAAGAGGUUUAAAGUUUAUUUUUAUAUUCUACAUGUCUAGCUUUUGAUAUUUAUCUAUGGUGCAUGUGGUAUAAUAUUUUGUGGGUUAUUAUGCAGUUAUUUCCAGUUAAGAGUUUGAGUUUUUUUUAAUAAAGAAUUUGAGAAAGAAAAAAAUAAAAUAAAAACAUACAAACAUUGAUGAAAAAAAAAGAAGAAAAAAAAAGGGGGUAAUAGGGACGGUUUUUAGUUGUCACAAUUGUGAUAAAAAAAAUUAAAAAAAAAAAGGUUAUUAGGGAUGGUAAAUACUGUCACGAAAAGUUUACGUAUUAGUGACAGUCUAAAAACUGUCCCUAAUAUAUAACUUAUUAGUGACGGUACAUUCCGUCCCUAAUAACUUUUAGUGACGGGAUUAUUUGGGACGGUAACAACCGUCACUAAAGACCCAUUUUUUUGGUGACGGUAAUUUUUUACCGUCACUAAAGAUCUUUUGCGACGCUCUAACUAGUGACGGACGAUUUUGAUUUUUAGUGACGGUUUAAGGGCUUUUAGUGACGGAUUUGACUGUCACUAAAGACCUAUUUUCUUGUAGUGCGAUCUGUUUACUGAGGUUAGAUUUGACGAGUUCACGAUAAGAAUAUAAUUAAUAGAUUGUAGAUCACAUUCGGUGGAAAGAGAUCGGAAUUCAGCUAGUUUGAGGCCAGAUCUAAUGCAUUCGCAUUAGCAUAGUUCAGAUUCGGUCGGGAAUUUACGGUUGAUGACUCUGCUCUGAUCAGGGACGAUGAUAGGAGGUGAGAGUUCUAAUCCAUAAGAGAAUGGCCAGUAGACGAAGCUUGAUGAAUUGAUGAGCAUGAUUGAAGCCUUGAGAAGAGAGACUGCAGAAUUACGAGCAGAUCAGGCGAGAGGGAGCCAUGGCAUUCGAUCCAUAUCAAGAAAGGUUGAGGCAAGAAGAAGCCAUGGAGUUUGGUCACUAUAAGGCUACGUCACCGUGGCAGAGAUAACUCACGGAGGAAAGAUCAUUCGAUCCGCCCUACCGGCCUUCAAUGGCUACGUAUGACUACAGAGGUUCAGAUGGAAGAUCUACAGAUCAGAGGAUUCUCCCAAGGUUUCCGAGGGAGAAUGAGGCCCUCCGUUCCUCAGCACGAACGGUUGAUUCACUGUUUACUGACGAGAUCUUGAAUGCUCCAAAUUCGAGAAAGUUUUCCAUACCAGCUUUCAUUUUGUUUGAUGGAAUGAGUGAUCCGAUCGAUCACGUUUAUCACAUUCAGUUGAAAAUGGCUUUGAACACGGAGAAUGAUCAUCUAAUGUGCAAGUACUUUCCUACAAGUUUGACCGGACCAGCGUUCAAUUGGUUCAAGAAUUUGGCAAAAGGCUCAAUCGUUAGCUUCCAGGACCCGUGUGACAAGUUCAUAAGCCAGUAUUAUGGGAACAAGCGCCCAGCUAAAGAUAUCUCAAGUCUGUUUACGAUGAAGAAGCACAAAGAGGAACGCCUCCAAGCUUUCCUCACCAGGUUCAACCUCGUCAAGAGCAUGGUAAUAGAAUGUCAUCCAUCCACGGUGGUUCAAGCAUUCAAACUAGCAAUGAACUGAGGGACACCGUUCCACACAAGUCUGGUGGUGAAUAUACCGAAGACCAUGGAUGAGCUAAAUAAGAGAGCUGAUGGUUUCGUGCAUUUGGAAGAGGAAGAAGUAGCUAAUGCAAGGAAGACGUUAAUAAUCUCUAUGGAGGAGAAGUCCAAAACCAAGAUCCAACAAAAACAAGCUCCACCAAAGCGUCAGACCUCCUGGAUAGCAGAGAAGAGGCUUAAAGAGGAGGAGUCGGUUACUCCACUCAAGGUCACUCUGGCAAGGUUAUAUCAGGAGAACAAAGAUAAGUUUCGUUCUCCCCUAACAAUUAGACAACCUCUCGAAUAGAGAGAUCAGACUAAAUAUUGUGCUUUCCAUAGUGAUUUUGGUCAUCAAACUAACGAAUGCAGGAACUUAAAGAGGCAAGUGGAGAUGUUGAUAGUAAGGGGAGAGUUUGCAGGAUAUGUUCAAGGGCUGGCAAUGGAGUAGAACCGAUCGGUAGAGCAAGUGAAGAGAAAUCAAUAGCCGACCUACCAUAACGCUUAGCCUGUUCGAAUAAUAAAUGCAAUUCACGGCUGACCUGAGUCGACCGAGGAGUCAGAAGAACUACUUUGAAUGCGCCUCCGACAAGCGCAGAUGAAAAGAAGGAUAGGCAACGUAAAUGCUCUGCACCAGCAAAGCACAUCAGUUUAAAUAAAGUUCGCCAGAACAGACCUGCUGCAUGUACAGAUCCCCCAUGAAGAUCCCCUGGUUGUCAGUUUGAUAGUAAUAAAGUGCUUGGUGCGAAGAGUUCUGAUUGAUCCAGGGAGCAAUGCGAACGUCAUGCUAAGAAUAACGUUUGACAGGUUCGAGAUCAAGCUAGAAAAACUCAAGCCCACCGGAAAUCCACUAUUGGGGUUCGAUGGGAAAUGGGUAGAGCCCAUUGUUAUGGUAGAAUUGCCAGUACAAGCUACUGAAAGAGUUUUGACAAAGAGCUUUGUGGUCGUUGAGAUCCAUCCGUCUUACAAUCUCUUGAUGGGAAGAUGAAAGAUUCACAGGGUCCAGGGUGUUCCAUCAACUCUGCACCAGGUGAUAAGAUGUCUGAGCCAGGAUGGGAGCAAGGUGAUUGAUAUCCAUGGGGAUCAGGUCGUAGCCAAGGAAUGCUACUUCGUGACAAUGAAAACUGUUGGUAAGGGAAAAGCUUCAGCCCGAUUUGACAAUCCAAGAUAGCAAUUACAUGACCUUCCUCCAAAGCGAUUGGGGGAGAGGAUGAGACUUUGGUUUUUACCGAAGAGCCCCUCAUUGAUGUACAAAUAGAUCCUCAUAAGCUAGACAGAGCAACAAGGGUAGGGUCAGGGCUUGCAGAGGGGGAGAAACAACAGUUAAUUGAUUUCCUGUCUCAGAACGCAGAUGUGUUUGCUUGGAGCCAUUCAGAUAUGCCAGGAAUCAGUCCCUCUGUGUUUUGUUAUUCCCUCAAUGUAAACCCGAACGCUAAGCCUGUAAGACAGAAGUAGAGGAGGUUCGCCCCAGAACGCAAUCAAAUCAUAACUUAUGAGGUUGACCGAUUGCUAGAUGCAAGAUUCAUCAGAGAAGUUUAGUACCCGGUUUGGCUCUCAAAUGUAGUUGUCGUACAGAAGAAGAAUGGGAAAUGGAGAGUCUGUAUUGACUUCACCAAUUUGAACAAAGCAUGCCUUAAGGAUAGCUUCCCGUUGCCAAAGAUUAAUCAAAUGGUGGAUGCUACUACUGGGUACGAACGAUUAACCUUCCUGGAUGCUUACUCAGGCUACAACCAAAUCCCUAUGGACCCGAACGAUGAAGAUAAAAUUUCUUUUGUCACCGAACGAGGAAUCUAUUGCUACAAAGUUAUGCUGUUCGGACUAAAGAAUGCUGGAGCUACUUAUCAAAGGCUGGUCAGCAAUAUUUUCAAAAAGCAAAUGGGGAAGGCUGUAAAGGCCUAUAUUGAUGACAUGGUGGUCAAGAGUAAGAAGAAAGACAAUCAUCUGGAACAUUUGCAAGAUGUGUUCGGGGUGUUGAGGAGGUAUGGUAUGAAGCUUAAUCCAACCAAGUGCUCGUUUGGCGUGGGUUCCGGGCAGUUCCUAGGAUACGUGGUCAACAACAGAGGAAUUAAAGUUAGCCUAGCCCAAGCAGAAGCUCUGAUAAAAAAUGCAGAACCAAGAAUGGUUAAAGAGGUGCAAGCACUCACCGGACGAAUAGCCGCAUUGAGUUGAUUUAUUUCUAAGCUGUCAGAUCACUGUAAACCUUUUUUUCGACACAAUAAGAGUCCAUGGAAGGCAGGCCUGGGGGGAUGAGCAAUGACAGGCACUGACCAGCUUGAAAGAAUAUAUGCGGAACCCUCCAGUCCUAUUUGCCCCUGAACUAGGUGAAAAGCUUUUUAUGUACCUUGGUGUGUCCAGCGUUGCAACAAGUGCUGUUCUGGUGCAUUGUGAAGAUGAUAAGCAGUUCCUAGUGUUUUACGUUAGCAAAAUAAUGGCCGAGCUGGAAAGAAGGUACUCAAAGGUUGAACGAGUGAUCCUGUUAUUGGUAAAUGCAAAAAGGAAUCUCAGGCAUUAUUUUGAAUCCCAUCCUAUCGUUGUUCUGACCACUUUUCCUAUAAGGGUGAUCCUGCAUAAGUCAAAUCUGUCGGGAAGAAUGACAAAGUGGGCCAUAGAGUUGAGCUCAUUUGACAUAACAUACGAACCCAGAACGGCCAUCAAAGGACAAGCGGUGGCUGAUUUCUUGCUAGAGUGUGACAUAGGAGACCCAGAGGAAAAUCAUGGAGGUCAUUCGUGGAAGCUUUUUGUUGAUGGCUCUUCAAAUCAAAUGAGGGCAAGAAUUGGGAUCAAAUUGCAGACGCUAGAAGGCACCAUGCUGAGUCAAACGAUCAGACUUGAGUUCAGAGCAACCAACAAUGAGGUAAAAUAUGAAGCAUUACUAGCUAGACUAAAGUUGGCCAAAGAGCUAAAGGUCAAAAGUCUAGUUGCUUUUAGUGAUUCGCAGCUGAUCGUUCGACAGGUAACUGGGAAAUACAGAGCCGAGGAUGAAACAAUGGAGGCAUAUUGGUCUGCCGUUGUGCGUGAGGCAAGUAACUUUGAUCAAAUCGAGUUCAUCCAAUUGCCGAGAGAACAUAACGAGGAUGCCGAUCGAUUGGCUUGCAGUGCAUUAAGUUCUAGAGAAACACUGGCUAGGGUGAUUCCAGUUGAUGUGUUAUGUCAGCCAUCUAUCUUCGAGGAACCAUCUGGCUCAGGUCCUUGGCAAGUGAAUGUAAUACCCCUAAUUUUAAAAAGGCUAUUCCUGGAAUUUAAUUUAUAGUUUAUUUGCAUAAUAUUUGCUUAUUUGCAUAAUAGUUUUAUUUAAUUAAGGUUUAUUUGUUUAAUUAGUUAUUGUGAUACCCCCGAAUUUUUGAAUGCGGGUUGGCCAGGCCCACGCCCGAAUACCCGAGGAUAUCAAAACAAAUUGAUAAUAAACGAACACAGAGUACAAAAGAAUAAAGAAGAAUAAAUAAAAUACUUACAAGAAACUAAAAUGAUAAUCUAAUAAUAAACCUCAUAAUAUAUUUCCAUUAAUUAAUAAACUCUUCUGAUACAACUGAUCCUCCAAAAUACAACUUGGGAAUCCAUACUGUGUGGACCCCUAGAAAAUCCAAACUAAACAAAUGACAGUAAUCUAAAACAGGAAACUGAAUCAUAAAGGAACUCCUAUGUAGCAUCGGAAGAAUGAAGUAGACUGAUCCCCGCUUAGCACGAACAACCUCUACUCGUGACGAACACCUGAAAAAUAAUGGUGGUCAAGCCCACAAACAAGUUCUACUCUACUACAGUCCAAGCAGAGAUCCGAUACACGUAUACAUCCUAGUCAAUCCAACAGUAACUAGUAGUCCGUAUAUAUAUAUAUACACACUAAAGGAACCUCACUAGACUAUAGGGUUGUCUCAACAUGAAUAGUAGGCAACAUACAAAACGCACAUAUAGUGGGCAUGAGUACCUAGACCUACCAGGGUACACAACUACACUAUAUCUAGCUACACAUCCCUGGCUAUAUACGCGCCCUAACCAUUGAUCCUAAGACUCAAACUCAUAUCAUGGCACCAUACUUAUAUAUAUAAAAUCUAGUAACCAUCCUAUCCAGUAUAAAUUAAUCAUUUAUAAGUCAUUCAACUUGUUCAGUUGACCUGACUUGAAUAUAAGUAGGACUUAACAUUUUAGUUAAUCUAUUCCCUUAUAUAAUAAAUUAAUCCUCCAUAAGUUAUUCAACUUGUUCAGCUGACCUGACUUAAAUAUAAGUAGGACUUAACAUUUUAGUUAAUCCAUUCCCUUAUAUAAAAUAGGUAGGACUUAACUGAUAAGUUAAUCCAUCCCUAGAAUGCCACCGUCCCAUACCGGUGCAUUAAACCACACAAUCCAACAGUUGAUGUAACAAUUAAGGAAAUACAUCAAACAUUCCAUAAAUAACUAUGAUAAAUAUGAUAUCAAGUUAUCACAUAAUAGGAAUGACUUAUUAUUUCUUUAAACUUCCUAUAUCAUAUGUCCUACACAAACUGAAUCUUAUACAUGAUGAUAUUUUAUUAUACCAUUAAAUAAGGAUUCUCUAUAUCCAAUUCAUCCUACACAUUUAAUCUCAAUUGCUAAAAUAUUUUAAAAGAUUAAAUUCAUUGGUUUGUUUAAAACAUUCAAAUAGCAAGCAUCAUUAUGAUUGAGUCUAUUUAAAUUUAUUAAAACCCAAAUCUAGUCCCUAUUUAAUGUUCAGGAAUCCUAGGCAUGUUUCUACGUUCCAUCAUUCCACAGAUAUGAAAAAUACAUAAUUUAAACAUGUAAAAAUUCACAUAAGAAAUCAAAUUAAAAUUAUGCAUUUUAUCAAUUCAUAACACAAGAACAGAUAUGAACCAAUUUCGUAUAACCUAUGUUCUAACCCAAUUAAACAUGCAUAAUUAUUUAAUUUUAUGUGUUUAAUAAAUUCUGGAAUUUCCUAGGCAUGUACAGAAACACGAAUCAAAGGGAAAGAGAUAGAAGAAGAAAUUGCCUUAAACUUUCGGAUCAAAAGUUAAACUUCUUCUUCCUUGAUCUUUUCUCAAUAAGGUUUUUCUCCUCAUUCCUUCCUUUUCUUCCUUCCCUCUCUAACACUAUCUCUCCAGUAUAUAUCACGUGAAUAUUUCUAACCCCCUUUUACAACCUAUAGCUAUAUAUUUAUAGGCUAAAUAAAAUAACCCUAACCCUUUUCUCAAUCCAAGUCAACUAAAAAAAAAAUGAAAAUAAAAAUAUUAAAAAGGUAAGCAAAAUAUGUUACGCAUAUAAUUUAUGUAUAUGUUUAUUAAAUAAAAAAUUAUACACAUUCCUUUAUUUAUUAAUGGAUUAUCCAAUAAUAUUUAAGUUACCAUAAUAUUAUAAAGUAACUUAAAACAUAACACGUAUCAAAUCUAUGUAUAUUUUUAUUAUUUAA